UCCCUUUGCAAUGUGUGAUGUGAUAAAAUGCAGCUCCCAGGUCAGCAGCUGUCCCUUCACUGUUACCGUGGUGAGCGAUUCAACAGCGAAGGGUUUCUAUCUAUGAAUGUGUGAGAAAGCACCCAGACACUUAAUGAGGAACUCAGGGAGUGACGCAAGGUGAUCUCACAGAUUGUUAAAGAGGAACUGGCCAACUGUAACAUGAAGCAGGAAGUGACAGAUAUAACGGGGAGUAAACUAAUUCAAACACAGCUCUCCUAACAGACAAUAUCUGAACAAUAAGAAUUCACCCACAAGAAACAGCUGGAGCGAUGAAAACAAUUGGGUUUUUCAUUCUUAUCUCUGUGUCAAGUUCACAUCAAUUAACUGGGCCCAAGGAGGUUCGUGGAGAAGUUGGAGGUUCAGUCACUGUCGACUGUCGCUAUGAUCAGAAAUACAAGGAGCAUAAGAAACAAUGGUGUAAGGGUCGUGUCUUCAUUACCUGUUCUGUUAUUGUUUCGACUGAUAAUCCACAAAAACAAGGAGUAUCAUUGACCGAUAACAAAACACGCGGGAUAUUUUCAGUAACCAUGGAUAACCUGAAGAAGAGUGAUGAAGGAUUAUACUGGUGUGAGAUAGAAGUAGUUUUGCUAAACAUAAGGGAUUCCGUCAAAUUAGAAGUUUUUGAAGCACCUACAUGGGGCUCGACAAUGGGACCAACCAGCAGCACAGCAGGAACUACUCAGCCUCCUGUUACAACGGCUCUCACCAUGUCUUCCUCCACCAUCAGCUCACCCAGAGAUGGUCUCAUGAGGGCAUGGGCUAUAAUCCGUUGGCUGAUCUUUGCUGGUCUGGCUGUUUGCUCUGUUUCAAUCACAUGCUACACUCGUUUUCAGACAUCCCAGCCAAACAACUGAAGGAUCAACUGAAACGUCAGCCACAGAACAAGAAUGCAACAGAACUCCACUUGAAGAUGGGUCAGAAGAUUCAUUAAAUCAUGCAAGAAAGUCCAAAGUAUUUCGCCAUGUAUUUAGAAGUUAUUCUGCAAUGUUCGGAUUAUUCACACUUUAAUACAAUCUGAAAGGCUUUGUAAACUCUACACAAUAGACUUGACUUCUCGAUAUUUUUAUAAUUGAGUUUCAAGAGGGCACUGUCUGUCCUAACAUUGUACAGCUCAAUCAAAACGCGUUUUACAGUUCCCAUGACAACCAAAUAUCCAUAUCAAUCGAAGAUCAAUCAAUCAGCUUUCUGAACAAACAUAGCUGCCAGUCAAUUACGAAGUGAAACGUAUUCAACAAAGACGCAAUAUUAUUUCGCUUACACAAUCAGUAAGAUAGAAUAGUAUAGAUUGCCAGCUUCUGACAAUGACUCCUGGACUCCUGCUGGGUCCCAGGGUCCAAUGACUCUGGGCCUCAGCACAGACAUUUCAAGGGGCCUCCCGACGUGGCAUGGCACAGCAA